AUGGCGGAGCCGGCGGGCGGGGGCGUUCCACCGACUGCGGAGAUCCCACGGCAUGGAAGCGUUCCAUGGAGUUGUGAUUUCUGUGUGGGGCAGCAUUUACUCGGGCAAGAGAGAAGCCCCGCAGGUGGAGCCCUUUUGUGUGUGUGGGGUCUGCUGGGGCUCCCGGGGCAGCUGGAGGAGGGUCCCUCAUCCCGCAGGGAAAAGCAGAGUUUGGGUAACACCCGUGGCAGGAGGCACACGGGUUCUCAGUGGCCCACGGUGGCUCUGUCUGGGGCACAGGGCUGUGCUGCAGGCCGAGGGUGCAGGGCUGGUGUGUCGGCAGAGCUGUGUGUGCGUGAGGCUCCUGCAGCGCCGUGCAGAGAGCCGGGGACGCCCCGUCAGGGGAAGCGGGAAUUCGGGAAUCUCUGCGGGGGGCUCGGGAGCAGGGCUGGCAGCAGGGAUGGCCCCGUGGCAGUGGCGCCAGGGCAGUGCUGCCGGAGCCCUGCUGAGCUGCGGCUGCCGAGCUGUGCCCGCUGGCCUGGGCGGGCGGGGCAGCCCUCGGGAACCGGGGGCUCUGGCUGGGGUGUCACGGGCCGGGGAGCGCUCCGUGCCCUGGGCCGCCCGCUGACCCGCUGUGUUCCCCGCACAGGCUGCAAGAUCAAGGCGCUGCGGGCCAAGACCAACACGUACAUCAAGACGCCGGUGCGCGGCGAGGAGCCGGUGUUCGUGGUGACGGGGCGCAGGGAGGACGUGGCCGCGGCCAAGCGCGAGAUCCUGUUGGCGGCCGAGCACUUCUCGCUGAUCCGGGCGUUGCGCGGCAGGGCCGCGGGCGCGCGGGGGCCCGUCUGCGCGCCCGCGCUGCCGGGGCAGACCACGGUGCAGGUGCGGGUGCCGUACCGCGUGGUGGGGCUGGUGGUGGGCCCCAAGGGCGCCACCAUCAAGCGCAUCCAGCAGCAGACGCACACGUACAUCGUGACGCCCAGCCGCGACGAGGAGCCCGUGUUCGAGGUGACGGGCAUGCCCGAGAACGUGGACCGGGCGCGCGAGGAGAUCGAGAUGCACAUCGCCCUGCGCACCGGCGCCUUCCUGCAGCUCGGCCACGACAGCGACUUCUGCGCCAAUGGCACCGACGUCGGCUUCGAGGGCGGCCCCGCCUGGCCGGGCCCCCGCGCCCGCCCCAGGAUGGUCUCCAGCUACCGCAACGACAGCUCCAGCUCCCUGGGCAGCGGCUCCACCGACUCCUACUUUGGCGGCAGCCGCCUGGCCGACUUCAGCCCCACCAGCCCCUUCGGCGCCGGUGGCUUCUGGAUCGGGGAGGCGCUGCCGGCCGUGGGCGCCGAGGAGCCGGCGCUGGACUCCCCCGCCUACGAGCCCCUGCCUGCACCCUCCCCGACCAUUUGGGCGCCCCUCGAGCCCGCGGCCGCCCGCCGGGCCUGGGCAGCGAAGCCCGCGGGCGGCACCAGGGCCCCGCGCCGCGUCAGCCGGCCCCCACGCCCGCUGUCGCCCACCUUCCCCGAGGGGCUGGAGCACCCGCGGGCCAGGGGGGCCCGCAGCGACCGCCCGGGCCCCCAGCCCGGGCUGCCCGUCUGCAUCCCCGCCUUCUCCAACGGUACCAACAGCUACUCCUCGUCCAACGGCGGCUCCACGUCCAGCUCGCCCCCCGAGUGCCGCCGCAGGCACGACUGCGUCAUCUGCUUCGACGGCGAGGCCAGCGCCGCCCUCGUGCCCUGCGGCCACAGCCUGUUCUGCCCGCAGUGCGCCAGCUGGAUCUGCGCCAGGGACGCGCCCACCUGCCCCGUGUGCCAGGCCGCCGUCAGCCAGGCCGUGCAGAUGCACUCCUGAGCCCGCUGUGCCAGGCCGGGCUCUGUGCCCCGUGUGCCAGGCUGCCGUCAGCCAGGCCGUGCAGAUGCACUCCUGAGCCCGCUGUGCCAGGCCGGGCUCUGCCCCGUGCGGGCAGCGGGGCUCAGCGGGCACAGAGGGGUCGGGGCUGCUGUGUCGCGUGAGGGG